GCUUCUCUUCAACGGUAGAAAAAUCGCAGCAGCCCUGGUUUCCUCCUCCCGUGCCUUUUCUCCUCCUCUAGCGAAGAGUAGAGCAGGCAACCUUGCUGCCUUUUUCUCCAGCCACCAGCCCUUUAUCUUGGUAGUACCGUCGGAGCUCCUUGGAGUGUGUCGGAGCUAGCCGGACCACCAGAAAAAAGGGGAAAACAAAGCCCUAGUUGCUGUCCUCUUUUCUAGCCAAGCACAGCAGCUACUGGAGCUAGCUGUGGCCUUCGCCGGAACUCACCGAGACAACCGGUGAAAAGGAAAAAGAUUUCCUUUCCCCUUUACUAUUCCAGCAGCCAUCCUCUCUGUUUUCAGCCUUCUCCAACUAACAUUGUUGUCUUUCUUCUCCUCCAACAGCCAAGAGCAGCAACCCUAGUUGCUCUCUCCUUUUGCCCCCACCAACAGCAGCAUCUCGCUGCCUUUCGUUUUCUCCAACAACAGCCCUAGCUGCUGUCCUUUUGCCGGAGUUCGCCAAAGCUCACCGGAGCUAGCUGAGACGACCAGUGAUGAAGGGAAAACAACCCUAGUUGCUGUCCUCUUUUCCAGCAACCACAUUAACCCGUAGAAGUUUGCAGAAGCAUCACACACUCAACGGCAGCAACGAUCACCUCUAGAUCCACUUUAUUUGGAGAUCUGAGAGAAGUAAACAGGGAUCUGCCGCUGCUCUCUUCUGCAAUCAGAUGGCGGUCGCACUAACAGUGGGGGGAUGGUUCGCGCAGGCCUUCAUCCAGACCUUGAUCGAUAAGGCCAGCGAUAAAUCCAUCCAACUGUUUGCCCAGCGCCGGGGUUUCGCUGAGGACAUGGAAAAUCUGCACCCGUCGCUGCUGGAGAUUCAAAUCAUCCUUGACGAGGUGCAGAUUAGCCGGAGCAACAACACCAAGUGGAAGACAUUGAUGCAGGAACUCAAGGAUGCUGCUUAUGAUGCUGAGGACUUGAUAGAUGAGUUCCAAUACCAUGUCCUCAGACAGAAAGUCAAAGGUAAAGAAGAGGACAAGGCAGCAAGUGGCUCCAGUGGCCUUUCAAACAUGUUUUAUGCUGCAAAAAUAAAGUUGCUGGGUUCUUCUCAUUCCUUGGAGGAAGAUGAUAUGAGGGCUAGAGUGAGGAAGAUGCAAGGAAGGCUGGAGAAAAUUGCUAAUCGUAUGAAGAGCAUCAUGAAUGUGUUACCACCACAUGAUAGAAGGAAGCAACCUGAGGUGAAGUUUCAGGCCAGAGAAUCAUGCUCUUCCCCGGCGACGGACAUAAUGUUUGGCAGAGACAAAGAACUGAAUCAAGUGGUAGACUGGUUGUUGGAGUCAGCUAAUCAGGUGGAACCUGCAUCGGCAUUUGUCAACGAUACCUUCUCCGUCUUGCCCAUUGUCGGGAUAGGAGGGGCUGGAAAGACUACUCUUGCUCAGUAUGCGCACAAACACAACAGAGUUCAGGUUCAUUUUCACCUCAAGAUUUGGGUCUGUGUGUCUGACAAUUUCACUGUGCAAGGACUCGUUAAAUCUAUAAUACAGUCAGUAGCUCCACAAAAACGAUAUGAUAACAUGGGGUUAGAACCUCUUCAAAAACUACUCCAUGAGCAUAUUGCAGAUAAGAAGUUUCUGCUUGUUCUUGAUGACGUGUGGAGCGAUAAUAAGAGUAUCUGGCAUAAAUUAUGUGCACUACUUAAAGUUGGAGCUCAUGGUAGCAAAAUCAUUGUUACGACUCGAGAUGUGAAAGUUUCAAAAAUGGUUAGCUUGGUGGAACCAAUUUUGCUCCAUGGUUUAGACGAAGAUGCCUUUUGGCAAUUGUUCAAGAAAUGCUCAUUUGGCACACUCAACCCUGGAGACUAUCCGGAGCUAGAAGAUAUUGGUAGAAAGAUUGCUCGUAAGUUGAAGGGCUCACCAUUAGCUGCAAAGACACUCGGCAGUGUUCUGCAAUCAGAUCUGCGCCAACAACACUGGAACACCAUAAUGAAGAGUGAUAUAUGGAAAGUAAAACAAGAUGAAGAAGACAUUAUGCCUGUUCUGCAUUUAAGUUAUGAAUAUCUUAAUGAAAACAUGAAGCAGUGUUUUGCUUUUUGCUCGGUGUUUCCUAAAGACUACAAAUUCGAUAAAGCUGUGUUGGUUCAAAUGUGGAUAGCCGAAGGCUUCAUCGAAGAUAAAAACACAAAGAGGAUGGAAGAUGUUGGAAGCGAUUAUUUUCUUGAGUUUGUUAACAGAUCUUUCUUUCAAGAAUUCGUAUAUGGUCUAUUUGUGAUGCAUGACCUUAUACAUGAUUUAGCUGAGAUGAUUUAUGCGGAAGAGACAUGUAGGAUUGAAAAUAACAGACAAACAAAGAUGCUUUCCACUAUUCGGCAUCUACGAGUAGAAGAAGGAAAAUUGCCGUUGGAAUUCUCUGGAUACGACAAGUUGCACACCCUGAUGUUGAGAAAAAAUUCACCUCCCAAUAGCCUCUUUGAAAAACUAAGAAGCAUUCGCGUUUUGGAUGUAAGUCGGUGUGGCUUGCAGGAGUUAUCUGAACAUAUUGGUAAAUUGAUUCACCUCCGUUACCUUGAUAUAUCAUGGAAUUCUGAAAUUAAAAUUUUGCCUGACUCACUAUUCGACCUUUAUAAUUUGCAAACACUGAAGGUAGAAGGUUGUUCUAAACUAGAGUAUAUACCACAAGAAUUGAGUAAGUUGGUCAAUUUGAGAUGCAUUGAUGCAGAUGACAUGUUUUUGGUGAUGGUGAAGGAUGUACGAAGACUAACUAAUCUUCAAGAAUUGCCAACAUUUAGUGUUCAAGAGGAUGACGGACUCAAGCUUGAACAACUAAAGGAUAUGACACAGCUUCAUGGAACACUUCAUAUUCAAAAUCUUGAGAAUGUUGUUGAUAGCACAGAAGCACAGCAGGCUGAGUUAAAGAACAAAGUCCGCCUAAAUAAAUUGGUAUUGGAAUGGAAUGAUGAGAAGGAUGCCAAGUUGGAAGAGGAAGUAAUUGAAGGUCUGCAGCCACACAAAUCACUUAAAAUAUUGAAAAUUGAAGGGUACAAUGGAAGUAGGUCGCCUAGUUGGUUGAUGCCAAAAGUUCUAUCCAAUUUGGAAAAACUUUACUUAGUAAAUUGCAAGGGAUGGGAUGACGUUCUGCCAUUUAUCGGUCAACGUUUGCAUCUGAUUGAACUUCACAUGGACGGCAUGCCUGCUUUGAAACAACUGAGUCAUGAAUUUGAAGGCAAGUGUUUUCCCAAGUUGGAAGUGCUUUAUUUAUACGAGUUGCCGGCAUUGGAGGAGUGGUCUUGGACCGAGGGCAAAGAUCUAUUUCCCUGCAUGCGUGAACUUCGUGUCAGCUAUUGUCACAAACUAAAGAGAUUACCUCCCUUCCCUCCUUCCCUAGAAAUGUUGACAAUAGAAUGCUGUCCCAGGCUCAAAUUAAAUAGCAGAACGGAAGAUGAUGAGGAAGGUGGCUGCCAUCUACCGCCCUCACUCAAGGGAUUGAAAAUAAGCCAGUGGCCACAUAUAACGUCUAUUUCUCUAGUUCAAUCGGUAGAACUGCAAUACUUGUACAUCAGUAAGUGUGAUGAGUUGAGAUGGAUGGAGUGCUUAGGAGUCCUUAAAUCCCUCAAGCAAUUGAAUAUUGUAGGAUGUCCUAAGCUGGUUCAGUUGGAUGUAGAAGAUGAACAAUCAGCGAGCUUGUUGCCGUCUCUGCGUUAUUUAUGCGUGGACAACACUGCUCUGCUUAAAAUGUUUCCUCUAAGAAACUCACUGCCAUUCAUCACAGAACUUGUAUUUGUGUCAUGUUCUGAGGAGGUGAUAUUUGAGGAGCCGAUAUUGGUGCGGAGCCUCACUGCUGUUACAUCUCUAAGCUUCAUUGGUUGCGAGAAACUACAAUCUCUGCCGGCAAAGCUGCUGCAUUGCCUUCCCUUCCUAAAAACGUUAAUGGUGUAUAACUGUCCACAGCUCCAAUCACUGCCAGAGAUAGGACUUUCUCCCUUUCUCAAAACACUAGAUAUAUGUGACUGUCCACAGAUUCAAGCGAUGCCAGAGGAUGGGCUUCCCAUGUCACUAGAUGAUUUCCAGUGCUCAGGCGAUGUUCAUCCAAAGCUGAAGGAGCAGUCAGACAAGUUCUUCGUGGAUACAUAUAAUAAAAGAAAGGCAAGGUUGGAAUUGGAAUGAGAACUUGGACGGUUCAAUUAAUUAUCACAACAAGGAUCUGGUUCUUUAAGGGCAUACUAUGCAUAUGACAAGCAUCUGUUGGAGUUUGCUGAAAAUAAUAUUCAAGUGAUAACUUGAUGAUAUGCUCUUAUGGCGAUAUAUGGUGUCUUUAGAAUCGCAUACUAUGGGAACAAAAUUUACUUAUUGUGUCUUAUUUCUUUAAUUUUCACUAUAUCUCUAUGAACUUGCUAAAUAGGUACUAUAGCAUAUUAAUUUGUCAUUUUAAGAUUCGAAUAUUUUGUAACUAUUAUUGUCGAAUUUGUGACUUUUAUAUUUAAAUGUGGAACUUAUUUAAUAAUUA